AUGUCCAAGCCAGUGCUUCCUCAGAACGACAAUGUCGCCCAUGCUCUUGCUGGCGCUGGCGGGGGUCUGCUCUCCAUGGCCUUGACCUAUCCUCUCAUCACCCUUUCCACUCGCGCCCAAGUCGAAUCGAAGCGUGCCGACUCUGCCUUCCUGACGGCCGUCCAGAAGAUUGUCGCUAGGGAGGGAGUUUCUGGCCUUUAUUCUGGCCUCGAAUCGGCACUGUUCGGCAUCAGCGUUACGAACUUUGUAUACUACUACUGGUACGAAUGGACUCGUGCCUUCUUCGAGGCCGCCGCCGAGAAGGCCGGGCGUGCUAGCAAGAAGCUCACAACCGUCGAGUCAAUGAUUGCAGGAGCCAUCGCGGGAUCUGCGACUGUCAUCAUCACGAACCCUAUCUGGGUUAUCAACACCCGCAUGACCACCCGUAAGCAGGGCAAGCAAGAGGGUGAUGAGGAGUCGCAGACCGCGAAGCCUGCAAAGGCUCCUUCGACUAUCGGCACGCUGCUGUCGUUGCUGAAGAAUGAGGGUCCCCAGGCUCUCUUCUCGGGUGUUAUUCCCGCCCUGGUGCUCGUCAUCAACCCCAUUCUGCAGUACACUCUGUUCGAGCAGAUGAAGAACACCCUGGAGAAGAAGAGGAGGGUCACACCUACUAUUGCCUUCUUCCUCGGCGCUCUUGGCAAGCUGUUUGCCACAUCGGUUACUUACCCGUAUAUCACGGUCAAGAGCCAGAUGCACGUUGCCGGCAACGGCGAGAAGAAGGAGGGUAUGUCCCAGACCAUCAGCAGGGUCAUCAAGGAGGAGGGCUACGCCGGCCUCUACAAGGGCAUCGGCCCCAAGGUCACCCAGAGCGUGAUCACCGCCGCUUUCUUGUUCGCAUUCAAGGAUGUCCUCUACGAGCAGACUAUCAAGCUCAGGACUAUUGCUGCUAAGAAGCGCGCGUAA